AUGUCGUUUCUUUCAGGCAUUCUGGCCUCUACUUUACCGACGGCCACCCCGCCCCCCGUGGCCGUCGUCUCUCUUCUUGACGGGGGUGAACCGAUGGCUGGAGUCGAGUACAUUGCACAUGUUGUCGUCAUGCCCAUUGUGCUCACAAUUGGAAUGGUGAAUCAAUGCCUGAAUAUUUUCACUUUACUCCAUUUACCCUCAACGGCUUUCCUCUAUUUGAAAGCCUCCGCGGUGGCUGAUAUUCUGUCGAUUCUCUCGUUUAUUCCAUUCUUGAUACGACAUGCAGGCCUGCACAACCAAUACUCUCAUCUCGCAAUGUACUACCAUGCGCAUCUCGAAUUGCCCAUCAUCAACGCUCUUAUUGCUGCCAGUGCUUUAUGUAUAGUUGCAAUGACGAUCGAUCGAUAUUUAUCCGUUUGUCAUCCGAUCACUUUUUUCAACUCUUCUGAUUCAAAGAAGAGAACUCUUGCUGUCAUUGCGGGUCUCUAUUUGACUGCUUUUAUCGUUUUCUUUCCAUCGAUUUGGCAAAAAGAUUUAAAAGAGAAACGAGAGGAUUAUACGAACAGACUCUACUGGGUUUUGGAACGAAAUUCGGUCAUUGAACGAUCGCCGACUUUUCAAUUUUAUCUAUACUUUCGAGAGUUUGUUUCCCGAUGGGGACCAAUUUUGAUUUUGGUUGUCCUGAACGCAGCGAUGAUCCGAAAAUUGCGGAAAUUAGACAAGAAAACGUUGAGAAGAAGCAUUCGGCAACGAUCGUGUAAUUUGGGUCGAUCACCGCGAGAGGAUCGAUCAAGAAUAUCCGUUUUGUUGUUGGUGACAGCCACGACAUUCGUCAUUUGCAAUCUCCCCGCUUCAUUCCUUUCAAUGUUCAUCUCAAAUUCAAUCAUCAAAAUCGAAAUCGAUCCAAAAACUGUUUUCUGGCAGAGUUUUCGAGCGCUAAGCAAUCUCUUGCAAACUACCAGCUAUUUAUACAAUUUCUAUUUGUACGCUCUUUGUUCGAGUGAAUAUCGAGAAGCUUUUCGAAAAUUGAUCGGCUGUCAACAGGAUCGCUUGAUGAAGAUAUUCGCUUUCUUGAAAUCGACAAGCUCAUGUGCCACUCAAACAACGGACGAUUCUCCACCGAAAAAGGGAAGUGGAAACAUUCCACUUGUGUCGAAGAAAAAUGGGUGUCCUCCUGAGUUGAAAAUAUUCAAUGAAAACGAGGAGAUGUUGACGGCGGUGGCAAUG